AUGGAGUCAUCUUUCUCAUUUGGAGUGAUCCUUGCUGUCCUGACCAUCCUUAUCAUUGCUGUUAAUGCGCUGGUGGUUGUGGCUAUGCUGCUAUCAAUCUACAAGAAUGAUGGUGUUGGCCUUUGCUUCACCUUAAAUCUGGCCGUGGCUGAUACCUUGAUUGGCGUGGCUAUUUCUGGGCUAGUUACAGACCAGCUCUCCAGCUCUGCUCAGCACACACAGAAGACCUUGUGUAGCCUUCGGAUGGCAUUCGUCACUUCUUCUGCAGCCGCCUCUGUCCUCACGGUCAUGCUGAUUGCCUUUGACAGGUACCUGGCCAUUAAGCAGCCCCUCCGUUACUUCCAGAUCAUGAAUGGGCUUGUAGCCGGAGGAUGCAUUGCAGGGCUGUGGUUGAUAUCUUACCUUAUCGGCUUCCUCCCACUUGGAGUCUCCAUAUUCCAGCAGACCACCUACCAUGGGCCCUGCACCUUCUUUGCUGUGUUUCACCCAAGGUUUGUGCUGACCCUCUCCUGUGCUGGCUUCUUCCCAGCUGUGCUCCUCUUUGUCUUCUUCUACUGUGACAUGCUCAAGAUUGCCUCUGUGCACAGCCAGCACAUCCGGAAGAUGGAACAUGCAGGAGCCAUGGUUGGAGCUUGCCGGCCCCCACGGCCUGUCAAUGACUUCAAGGCUGUCCGGACUGUAUCUGUCCUUAUUGGGAGCUUCACCCUGUCCUGGUCUCCGUUUCUCAUCACUAGCAUUGUGCAGGUGGCCUGCCACAAAUGCUGCCUCUACCAAGUGCUGGAAAAAUACCUCUGGCUCCUUGGAGUUGGCAACUCCCUGCUCAACCCACUCAUCUAUGCCUAUUGGCAGAGGGAGGUUCGGCAGCAGCUCUGCCACAUGGCCCUGGGGCUACUUGCUGAUGGCAGUACACAACCCCAAAUUGAGACACUGAAAGGGAAGGAAGAGAGAAAGAAGGUAGGAAGAAAGACGCUGUACACAUGUGAUGCACAGACGCUGUACACAUGUGAUGCACAGACGCUGUACACAUGUGAUGCACAGACGCUGUACACAUGUGAUGCAUGUGAUACACAGACACUGUACACAUGUGAUGCACAGACGCUGUACACAUGUGAUGCACAGACGCUGUACACAUGUGAUGCACAGACGCUGUACACAUGUGAUGCACAGACGCUGUACACAUGUGAUGCACAGACACUGUACACAUGUGAUACACAGACGCUGUACACAUGUGAUGCACAGACGCUGUACACAUGUGAUGCACAGACGCUGUACACAUGUGAUGCACAGACGCUGUACACAUGUGAUGCACAGACGCUGUACACAUCAAGUUUGGUAACUGGCCAAACUGAGCAGACACCACUGAAACGAGCAAACAUGAGUGAUCCUCUGAGGACAUGCAGGGGAUAA